AUGGGGACUCGACUGGCGUCCGACGCGAGCUUUGAUAUCCAAUCAUUAACCAAACGUCUCAGACAGCCGUACAAGCCUGAUCUCGAGCAGUACGACAGUGGGGCGAUUUUGCGCGUGAAGCUUCAAAACUUUAUGUCGUACUCUUUGACGGAGUUUCACUUUGGCCCCACGAUGAAUCUGAUUAUUGGACCAAAUGGAACGGGAAAGUCAACUUUCGUGUGUGCAGUUUGUAUUGGAUUGGGUGGCAAACUGGAUUACCUGGGGAAAGCCUCGAUGAAUGUGGAUCAAUUCAUCAAAUCAGGAGAGAAAGAGGGAAGCAUCGAGCUUGAACUGAAGGGAGCCAACUCGUUCGAAACGGUGGUUGUGGAGCGCAAGCUGUACAGAAAGGCAAAAUCAGUGUGGUACGUGAAUAAUAGACCGUCCAAUGAAUCGCAAGUGAAAGCUCUUUUGAAAGAGUAUAAUAUCCAGCUGGAUAAUCUGUGUCAAUUCCUACCUCAAGACAGAGUUGCUCGGUUUGCCUCUUUAAAACCAGAGGAACUGCUCAAAGAAAUUGAACGCUUGUACGAAAACGGAGAAUUGCUCGAACAGCACAACAAGUUGAUGGAACUACAUGCUCUUCGCCAAGAAAAAACCAAGGCUCUAGCUGAUAUCGAGUUCCAGAUGUCUGCUUUGAACGAAAAGCGCAAAUCGCUGGAAGAACGGGCACAGCAGUACCACGAGUACCAGAGAUUGGAGAAAGAGCUUGCCAAACACGAAACUUUGCGACCAUAUGUCGAGUUGAGCACAGUCAAGAAGCACCGCGACGACUUGAAACAGAAGGUUCACGAUACGUCCCAGAAGGUUGAGGAGUUUGACCAGAAGAUCUUACCGAUGAAAGAGACACUUACCCGAUUCCGCAAAAACCUGGGUGACACUGACACCAAAAUCAAAGAAUGUACAACUACUAAGGAAACACUCAACAAGGAGAUAGAGAAACAUUUGAAAGACAUCGAGUCGUACGACUCAAAAAUACAAGGACUUGCAGACCAAAGAGCAUCGCUGGCUACAAGCUUGGAGACUCAUCGUGAGAAGUGGAAACAGCUUACAGAGGAUUUGCAGGUGGUGAAUCGGAAGUUGGAAUCUUUGGAGUUGGCAAGCGAAGAAGAGAUCGAGAAGUUGAAGAACCAUAGAACUGCAGUCUUGGAUCAGAUUUUAGAGGAACAAGAAUCGUUGGACAAUCUCGAGACCGAAAGACGUGCACUGACGCGCUCAAACAAACAACUAGAAGACCGAGUGCAGAUUAGCGAGAAUAGUCUGAGCUCCAAAGAUAGAUUAUUGCUGCUUGAUUCCACCAGAUAUGGUAACAUUAUCAAAGCUGCUAGGGUUUUGAGAGAAAAGAAAAAAGAGCUCAAACUCCAUUAUUUCGAGCCACCGAUCAUAUCGUUGACUGUUACGGAUAAAAAGUACGGACCUGCAUUGGAGCGGUCUAUAAGAUUCCAAAACCAAUGUGCUUUCACGGUCCCCAACAACAACGAAUACCACAAGUUGUCACACUUUCUCUAUAAUGAGCACCCGGAGAUUGGACGCAACAUUGGUAUCCGUACGCUCAGCGAUAAUUUCAGUUUUCAAUCACGGAUUCCUGUUGAGGAAAUCAAGAAAUAUCAAUUUGAUGGAUACUUGGUGGACUUCAUUGAGGGACCUCGCGAGGUUGUACAAAUGGUCUGCGAAAAUGACCGAAUUAAUAAUAUACCUGUCGCCUACAAAGAUCUGAGCCUUGCUGCCAAGGAUACGUUGUCCAACAAGAUCAGAAACGAAAACUUCCCAUUGACAGAGUUCAUAGCAGGAGAGGCUUAUUAUUCUUUCAACAAAUCCAACUACGGAUCCAAGCAGGUGACAACCAACAUUCGGGGAUUUGCUGCCAACAGAGCAUCGAUUUUUUCUGGUGGACUCCCAGACGACAAAAGAGUGGAGAUUCAGAAGCAGAUCGACGAAAAUAAGGCCAAGGUGGCCGAAAAUGGUGACAAAUUAUCCAAAUUGGUGCAGGCCAUGAAGUCGAAGCAGGAAUCUCUAAGCCAACUAACGAAGGAACGUGAUCAGGCCACCGCAAAGAUCAGCCGUCAAACCAAGGCCGAGAAGGAUAAAGAAAAAUAUAUCACACACAUCGAGACUAUCAAGGACAGAAUUAGGGUCGAGAAAAGAGAGAUCAGUAAGAUCAAGCAUCGCGAGAAUGAAGGUUUUGCGUCUAAGCUGCUCAGCAAAAUAGGAAGCCUGGAACAGAAGAAGAUUGAAACUUUUGAAUUGAUAGAGCCAAAAAUAUCCAAGAUAUGCGAUCUUGACGAACAAUUGCUGGACGCACAGAUUCUUGCAAUUCAGGAAAACAACAAAUAUAGUACUAUCCAGUCGUUGAACGAAUCUAUCCUGACUACUCGAGAUGAGUUGGUGCAGGAGCUCAAGGAAGCCAAAGCAGAUUAUUCGACGGCUAAAGAGAACUACUCCAAGGCUCUCCGUGAGUACAAAGCUCAAUUGGACUCGCUGAGUGACGAAGACCGUACCGAAUUGGAGAAUUUAGUUGCUGAGUUACAAGAAAACGAAACUUUGACUGAGGAAGGCUUAAAUGCUGAGAUCAGCAGAAUCAAAUCGCAGAUGAGAUUGAGACGGAAUGGUGCUGGAGCAGACUCCUUGAAACGUCUUGAAGAGGUGGAGAAGCAGAUCGACCAGUUCGAGGCUCGAAUGCCCGAGUAUGAGAUCGACAUUGGUGUUUUAAGCAAAGAAAUCGAAGAUCUGGCUGCUGUUUGGAAGCCAAAGCUGGAGUUUGUGAUUAGGAUAAUUGCGCGCGAUUUUGGCGAGAACCUGAAAGCUGUUGCCAGUGCGGGCGAUGUGCAGUUAGACUGCGAGUCUGAGAGCUUCGCAGAGUGGAAGCUCAAGAUCAUGGUGAGUUUCAGAGACAGCCAGGCCUUGAUGCAGCUGAAUGCAGCGCAACAGAGCGGAGGAGAGAAAUCUGCCACCACUGCGGUUUUUCUCAAUUCGCUACAAGGACUGACAAAUACGCCGUUCCGUGUGGUGGACGAAAUCAACCAGGGUAUGGACUCCAAGAACGAGAGACUUAUCCAUGAGCUGAUUGUGCGGAAAGCCUGCUCUGCUCGUGGAUCCCAGUACUUUUUGAUCACGCCCAAGCUGCUUACGAAUCUAUACUACGGCGAUGGAAUGAGAGUGCACUGCAUUUUGGCUGGAAGAUGGUGUCCAGAAUACGAAGACUCUAUGGAGUUUUUGGAGAUGGGGGUGACAGAUAAAUAUUUCUAA